AUGGCGCUAGGGUCACUGGGAUCGUUGGCCUUCAGCGUUGAUAAUGAUUACAAGAAUUUGCUCAGGAAGGAGCAAUCUGGACAGAAAGGGGAUGGGACUGGGGAAGAACACCCGACAAAUAGCAAAUUCGAUGGUGCAAUUGGUGAGGAGAGUCGCCGCCGGGAUCUUCCACGCCGGUGGGAGCUUUUGGCCGCGGAAGAUAACUGGACGGCCGUUAAGAUUUUAGAAGUGAACGAGCAGGGACUAACUAGUGGCAUCAGAGCCAUGGCAAACCAAGAUGUUGCAUCGAUGGUGCAAGGGAGCAGAGCAGAUGCUUCACUGCGCCAGGAGGUCAUCAUCCACAGGACCGUGCGAGACGUUGGCGGGGCCAACUGGCCGGUCCUCACACGCACAAACUACGGCGAGUGGGCGGUGCUAAUGAAGGUCAAUUUGCAUGCGCGCAAACUUUGGCGGGCCAUCGAGGAAGGCACCGAGGAUGAAGAAGAGGACUGCGCAGCGAUGGAAGCAAUUUUGUCCGUUGUGCCUCACGAGUAUGUGAAGUCACUGGGCACAAAGGACUCCGCAAAGGCUGCUUGGGACGCUCUCAAGGCCAGGCGCAUCGGUUCUGAUCGCGCAAAAAAGGCGAAGGCGCAGCAACUGCGGCGGGAGUACGAGGCGCUGGCAUUCCGCGACGGCGAGGCAGUGGAGGAUUUCUCGCUCCGUUUGCAGUCGCUCGUCAGUCAGCUAGCGGCGCAUGGCGUCCCCAUCACCGACGAGGAGGCGGUCGCGAAAUACUUGCGCGUCGUGCCGCCUAUGUAUGCCCAAAUCGCGCUCUCCAUUGAGACGUUGAUCGACAUGUCCACCCUCACGAUUGAGGAUGUGACUGGGCGCUUGAGGGAAGUGGAUGAACGCGUGGAGAUGGCGACGAUAACUACCAGCCGCAAGUUACUACUGACCGAGGAAGAAUGGGCAGCUCGUAUGCGCGAGCGGCGACCCGGGGAAGGCUCCUCUAACCAUGGCGGCUACGGCAAGCACCGUGGCAAGGCCACACAGAAGAAGAAGGACGACAACAACGCACGUCCGAUCGAUAAGGACACUUGUCGACGCUGCGGGAAGACAGAGCACUGGGCCCGGGAUUGCAAGAAUCCCAAGAAGGAGAAGAGGGAGGCGCACCUCGCGCAGGUGGACGACGAGGAGCUAGCUCUACUCAUGGCAACGAGUCGAGUGCCCAACAACCACAUGACCGGCUCCAAGGAGGCCUUCUCCGAGCUUGAUGACGACGUGACGGGGACGGUGAAGUUCGGCGACGGCUCGAAGGUGGAGAUUCGAGGUCGCGGCACCAUCAUCUUCCGGUGUCAGAACGGCGUGCACGGCGCAUUGACGGAUGUGUACUAUAUCCCGCAGUUGCGUUCAAGCAUCAUCAGCAUCGGGCAAUUGGACGAGCACGACUGCGAGGUGCUUGUCAAAGGCGGCGUGCUAAAGCUCAGGGACAGGGAACAGAGGCUAUUUGCCAUGGUCCAGCGUUCCCAGAACCGCCUAUACCUCCUCGACUUGAAAGUGGAGCAGCCGGUGUGCUUGGCGGUACGGCACACCGAGGAGCCAUGGCUAUGGCAUGCUCGGUUCGGCCAUUUGAGCUUCGACGCACUCGGCCGGCUGAGGAAGAUGGUGCGCGGGCUCCCGCACAUCGAGCACGCAGGCGAGCUGUGCGACAGCUGCCUGGCAGGGAAGCAGAGGCGGCUGCCUUUCCCAAAGGCGACCAAGUAUCGUGCGGCGGACGUCCUCGAACUCGUCCACAGUGACCUCUGCGGGCCGAUCACUCCGGCUACGCACGGCGGAAGACGCUACUUCCUGCUUCUCGUGGACGACUGUAGUCGUUUCAUGUGGUUGCAUCUCCGAACGAGUAAGGAUCAGACGGCGGAGGCGAUCAAGCGGUUCCAGGCUCGGUCUGAGGUAGAGUCGGGGAAGCGGCUUCGCGUACUGAGAACGGAUCGCGGUGGUGAGUUCACAUCUGUGGAAUUUGUCGCGCAGCCCGACGUCUCGUUUCUGAGGACGUUCGGGUGCAUUGGCCAUGUGAAGAAGACGAAGCCCUUCCUAUCCAAGCUUGAGGAUAAGAGCAUACCGAUGGUCUUCCUAGGCUACGAGGAGGGGAGCAAGGCCUAUCGGCUCUACGAUCCGCGCGGAGGCAAGGUGGUGGUCUCGCGAGAUGUGGUGUUCGACAAAAUGGUGGUCUGGGAUUGGGAGAAUCCUGGCACGGGGGAAGCCCGUGGCGUCAGCGGUACAUUUGUCAUCGAGCAUUUGGGGAUCCACGGAGGAGGAGAUGUGGGAAUAGAGGAGCCAGCUGCGGACGCGCCAAGUCCAGCAACUGUGGUUGCGUCGGUUGAGCCACAAAGUCCGGCCAUGGGCACGGGCGAAGAGUCUCCACCAGCGGCUGCGCACACGCCCCCACCACAGUCCCCUGAUGCGGCAGGACAGGGGACACCUCCAGCAACGACAGUUGAGUUCGCCUCUCCUCCAAGCAACAUCGACGAGUAUGUGGAUGCCUUCCACGACGGUGAGGAGGUGAGGUUUCGCAGGAUGGACAACCUCGUUGGCAACUCGGUUGUACCAGGUUUGGCGAGCCGAUUACUCGACGAUCAGGAGCUACUCCUCGUCAGCGCAGAGGAGCCAUCGACUUUCGCACAGGCCGAGCGCGAUGUCAGUUGGAGACAAGCUAUGCUAGAGGAGAUGAAGGCGAUCGAGGAAAAUGAGACGUGGGAGCUCGUCGAUCCACCUCCAGGCUGUCAUCCAAUCGGGCUCAAAUGGGUCUACAUGGUCAAGCGGGACGAGUGUGGGGCCAUAGUCAAGUACAAGGCGCGCCUCGUUGCUCGCGAUUUCGUCCAGCGUGAAGGCAUCGACUUUGAGGAAGUUUUUGCACCAGUGGCGCGUAUGGACGGAGAUUGUCUUCGUCAAGCAAGCCUUGGGCUUCGCCGUCAAGGGAGAGGAGCACAAGGUGUUGCGGCUGCGGAAGGCACUCUAUGGGCUGCGACAAGCCCCACGAGCGUGGAACGCCAAACUCGAUACCACCCUGGGUGCGCUUGGGUUCACGCGCUGCGCGACAGAACAUGCGCUCUACACGCGACGACGGGGGAAGGAGGAGCUCAUAUCAUCGUCGGCGUGUAUGUGAAUGACUUGAUCAUCACCGGGGCACGAGAAGGGGACAUCAACGACUUCAAGUGCGAGAUGGCAGCUCGUUUCCGCAUGAGCGAUCUCGGGCAGCUCUCCUACUACCUCGGCAUCGAGGUGAAGCAGGGGAGAGACUCCAUCAUUCUCUGCCAGCGUGCGUAUGCAGGGAAGCUGUUGGAGCGGAGCGGCAUGGCUGAUUGCAAGUCAUGCGCGACUCCGAUGGAGGAGCGGCUGAAGCUGAUGAAAGCCAGCAUCGUAGGGAAGGUGGAUGCAACACUCUACCGGAGUAUCGUCGGCGGGCUGCGCUAUCUAGUCCACACGAGGCCAGAUAUCGCAUUCGCCGUGGGCUAUGUUAGUCGUUUCAUGGAGGACCCUCGAGAGGAUCAUUGGGCUGCAGUAAAACGACUGUUGCGUUAUGUCAAGGAGACUGUGGACCAGGGCAUCAUUUUCCCCAAGACCGGGGCGGGAGAGGGCUGCGGCUCAUGGUUUUCAGCGAUGCAGACAUGGCAGGCGACAUUGAUGGGCGGAAGAGCACCUCCGGCGUGCUCGUCUUCCUUGGAUCGGCCCCAAUCUCAUGGCAGUCGCUGA